AUGCUUGUAUCUGUGGUGGUUACAGAGGAUCUGUCCGUUUCCGUGUAUUUUAAGUGCGCUCCGUUGGUGUCGGAUGAUGUGUGCAUUCCUGAUGAAGUCCGUGAUGUCCGUGUGCUGGACAACCUUCUAGACAGCGUGGAGCGAUAUUGUGAAAAGAAAGCCCGUCAACAGGAGGACAAGGUGGGAGGAGUGCUUAGGCUGGUUUUAUCCUUGCUGGAUGACUUUUGUGAUGAUGAGCUGCAUGAUGAUGAGAGGGCUGACGCACUAAUCUUCCUGAAGGAGCAGUGCAAGCUGCUGACAAAGAAGAGUAAUGGCGUGCGGUAUUCUGCAGAGCUUUUAGUUUUUAGCAGUAUAUUGCACACAAUUCCUCCACAUGCUUACAAGUUUUUUCGCCACAGCAACAAGCUUGUCUUGCCGCAUGACACUACCAUCAAGCGAGUUUGUGCUGCACAUGAUGUGAGCCCAUCGAAAGAGCAGUGCGAAGAAGGUUUUCUGAGGUACAUUAAGCGCAGAGCAACCAUUCUGAAGCCUCAUGAAAAAAAUGUGACUGUCAUGCUUGAUGAAAUACACCUGCAACAGUUUUUUGGAUAUAAAGGUGGCUGCCUAACAGGGUUUGCUGCGCAUUGUGCGGAACCAGCAAAGACAGCGCACGUGUUCAUGGUACAGUCUUUGCUUUCAUCUUAUAAAGCUGCAUGA